AUGGCUCCGAAGGAUACCUUCUUCCGUUCGUCGGAUAUGAGCUUGACCCAGCUCUAUAUCGCCAAUGAAAUCGGACGAGAAGUUGUCAGUGCCUUGGGAGAACUCGGUCAGGUUCAGUUUAGAGAUCUUAACCCUGACACUAAUGCUUUUCAACGUACCUUUACCAAAGAGAUCCGUCGCCUGGAUAAUGUGGAAAGGCAGCUGCGAUAUUUCCAUUCCCAGAUGGACAAGGCAGGGAUCCCAAUGCGGUCUUCAUCCGAAUUCACCGAUACAUUAGCUGCACCCUUGGCUUCAGAGAUUGAUGAGCUUGCCGAACGGAGCGAGAGCUUAGAACAGCGGAUUGCCUCACUCAACGAUAGUUAUGAGACUCUCAAGAAGCGUGAGGUGGAGCUCACGGAAUGGCGUUGGGUUUUGAGGGAAGCUGGUGGAUUCUUCGAUCGCGCCCACACUCAUACGGAAGAAAUACGACAAUCAUUUGACAACGAUGAAGCUCCUCUCCUUCGUGAUGUCGAACAGCAGUCCCACCGGGGUCAGAACGGCGAGGCCCAGGGUCAACAAUCCUUCCUCGAGAUGAAUAUCGGGUUUGUCGCAGGUGUCAUUCCACGUGACCGUAUUGGUGCCUUUGAGCGUAUUCUUUGGCGAACUCUGCGUGGUAACUUGUACAUGAAUCAGUCAGAGAUUCCCGAGGCUAUCAUUGACCCGACGACCAACGAGGAGUCUCACAAGAAUGUGUUUGUUAUUUUCGCCCACGGAAAGAACAUCAUCGCGAAAAUCAGGAAAAUAUCCGAAUCUCUUGGUGCUUCACUGUACGGUGUUGACGAGAACAGUGAGCUGAGACGCGAUCAGAUUCAUGAAGUAAAUACACGCUUGAGUGAUGUGGAUAACGUCUUGCGCAAUACUAAGAAUACGCUCGAUGCGGAACUUACACAGAUUGCCCGCUCGCUUGCGGCCUGGAUGAUCAUCGUCAGGAAGGAAAAAGCUGUCUAUGACACACUCAACAGAUUCUCCUACGAUCAAGCGAGAAAAACGCUAAUUGCGGAGGCCUGGUGUCCAACAAACUCGCUGCCGUUGAUCAAGUCGACGUUGCAGGAUGUGAACGACCGUGCUGGCUUGAGUGUGCCUACUAUUGUUAAUCAGAUCCGGACUAACAAGACACCCCCUACCUAUAUGCGGACAAACAAGUUCACGGAGGCUUUCCAGACCAUUGUCAAUGCGUAUGGUAUCCCGAAAUACUCAGAGGCCAACCCUGGAUUGUACACAAUCGUCACCUUCCCAUUCCUGUUUGCCGUCAUGUUUGGCGAUUUCGGUCACGGUGCUCUCAUGACUAUGUGUGCUGCUGCAAUGAUUUUCUGGGAGAGGAAGCUUCAGAAGACCAAGUUAGAUGAACUGACGUAUAUGGCAUUCUAUGGCCGAUAUAUUAUGCUGAUGAUGGGUCUUUUCUCCAUGUACACUGGUCUUAUUUACAAUGAUAUCUUCUCCAAGUCGUUCACGGUUUUCUCAAGUCAAUGGAAGUGGCCUGAGAUCACCCAUACAGGCCAGGCAGUUGAGGCUUCCCUGAAGGGCGACUAUCGUUUUCCCUUUGGACUUGACUGGAAUUGGCAUGAGGCUGAAAACUCUCUACUGUUUACGAACAGUUUGAAGAUGAAAAUGAGUAUCCUGCUGGGCUGGUCUCACAUGACCUAUGCUCUUUGCUUGCAGUAUGUCAACGCUCGCCACUUCAAGUCUAAGGUUGAUAUCAUUGGCAACUUCCUCCCGGGAAUGAUUUUCUUCCAGUCUAUUUUUGGGUACCUUGUCCUUACUGUCAUCUAUAAGUGGUCGGUUGACUGGCCAGCCAGGGGCCAGUCACCCCCAGGGUUGCUGAAUAUGCUCAUUUUCAUGUUUCUCUCUCCUGGUACAGUUGAGGAGGAACUCUACCCAGGCCAAGGCUCUGUUCAGAUGAUCCUAUUGCUUCUUGCCGUCGCGCAAGUACCUGUCAUGCUCCUCUUCAAGCCAUUCUACCUCCGCUGGGAGCAUAACCGUGCCCGUGCUCAUGGAUACAGAGGCCUUGGGGAACAGUCAAGAGUCAGUGCGCUUGAAGACGAUGGCGAUAUGGAUGGAGGACUUACUGGGGGCCACGACAGCAUGGUCAGCGAGAGCGAGGGGGUAGCUAUGAUUGCCCAAGACCUUGGAGAGGAAGAGCACGAAGAAUUCGACUUCUCUGAGAUUAUGAUCCAUCAGGUCAUUCAUACCAUUGAAUUCUGUUUGAAUUGUAUUUCUCACACUGCGUCUUACCUGCGUCUGUGGGCUCUUUCUCUGGCCCAUCAACAGCUUUCGAUCGUUUUGUGGACUAUGACUCUUGGCGGUGCCUUCGAGCAGGAGUCUCCCACCCUUCGUGUGAUUAUGAUUGUCGUCUCCUUCUACUUGUGGUUCACUCUGACAAUCGCCAUUCUCUGUGUCAUGGAGGGAACUAGCGCCAUGCUCCAUUCGCUUCGUCUACACUGGGUCGAGGCUAUGAGCAAGCAUUUCAUGGGCGAGGGUAUACCAUUUGCUCCGUUCAGUUUCAAGGCGCUCCUUGAGGAGGAUCCCGUUGAUUAA